CUCGCGGCGCUCGAGGCCUUCCGGCGCAAGGGCGGCGCGCCCGUGGACCUCUACGGCUGCCAGACGCUCGGCGACCGCAGCGCGCCGCCGCACGUGUUUAGGUUCCAGACGCUCGUCGCGCUCAUCCUCUCCGCGCGGACGACGGACGAGGCGACGAUGAGCUGCGUCCGCGACCUCCAGUGGGCCGACGGGGGGCUCACGGCGGACACGCUCGCGGCCGCCGACGCGUCGACCCUCGAGCGCGCGCUCGCGAACCACGAGGUCGCGUUCCCCCGGAACAAGGCCCGCUACCUCCGCCGCGCCGCGGAGCUCUGUCGGGAUUCUUACGGCGGCGACGUGCCCCGGGACCUGCCGAGCAUCCGCGCGCUGCCGGGCGUCGGCGACAAGGUCGCGGCGCUGCUCACGCAGGCGGCGUGGGGCGACGACGCGGGCGGCGUCGCGGUGGACACGCACUUCCACCGCAUCGCGAACCGGCUCGGCUGGGUCGCCACGGCGACGGCGGCGGCGACGAAGCGGGACGUCGAGGCCUUCCUGCCCCGGGACCGGUGGGUCGCCGCGAACCCUUUGCUCGUCGGCUUCGGCCAGGAGGUGUGCGGCUACGCGCCGAAUUGCGAAUCUUGCCCCGUGGCGGCCUGCCCG